UGACAUACCUUUGAGGCAAGCCUCAAUGCGCCCAUGGCCUCUGAAAGGCAUCCAAUGCCCUUUGCAGCCAUCUUUGUCGGGAUUGCCGUUCGGUGGAGGUGCUUCUGAUGACGAGAUCUCUCGAGGUUAAAAAUUGGCCUCCUCCAGGAGAGUCUGGCAAUGUCGGCGCGCCAGGCCCCGACUGGAAAAGUGGGUCAUCGUCGCAUGCACCCGAACUUUUUCUUGCCUUGCCUUCAACACCAUCCAUUGACGACCUCCAUCAGCCAGUCAUCCAUCCCCUUUUCGAAAAAGGGACGACCCCGUCACAAUGUCGCGCUGUCAGUCGGUCGCCAGGCCUCUGGCCAGGCAAUUGUCACGACAGCUCUACAGACCUUUCACCACCACGCCGUCGAUAUCAGCAGAGGUGACCACCGAGCCUCCAGCGACCACCCCAUCGCCAGCCGACCUCGACCCCGACACCGUCCUCCCCGAGUUCGAGAAUGCCCUCAUGAAGGCGGGUCAGAUGCCCAUCGGCUCCCGCCGUCGCCGCAUGGCCAUCCGCGACUACCCUGACGGCUUGCCCUUUGAGCAGCUGCCGUACCAGGCGUUUCAGGAGGCGCGCAAGAUUCUCGCCGCCGACCGCGAGCAGAAACUGGCCGCCAUCCGUGCCGAGCUGGCCAAGAUCGCGCUCCUCGAGUCGAGGGAUGCCAAGGACUUCAAGGGCGGGCAGGCGAUGAAGGACACCCGCAUCGCGAGUCUCAAGCGCUACGUCGAGGUGCUCAAGAUCCAGGCCGACAUCAACGACCCCGUGGUCAAGAAGCGAUUCGAGGACGGCCUGGGCGACAUGAACAAGCCCAUCUACCGGUACUACGCCGAGCGUCGCUGGAGGAGCUACCAGCACAAGCUCAUCACUCAGCGCAUCGAGCAGUUCAACAUUGUGCCCGACAUCCUCCCCAAGUUCGAGCCCACCGCCGACGUCCAGCUGUAUUUCUGGCAGCAGAAGACGCAGCCUGGCGCCAUCAUCGACUCGCUGGUCAGCGAGCCGCCGCCGCGCCUGAACGUCCAGGUCUUCGACAAGGGCGAGCGUCUGGUCACCAUUGUCGUCCUCGACGCCGACGUGCCCAACGUCGAGGCCGACGGCUACACCAAAAAGUGUCACUUUGUCGCGGCCAACAUUCCCCUGAGCCCGACGCAGUCGUCCAUCCCCCUCGGCAAGAUCAAGGAUGAGAACCAGCUCGCCGUCCCAUGGCUGCCCCCUACCUCCCAAAAGGGCUCGCCGUACCACCGCAUCGCCAUCUUCGUCCUCGAGCAGGACGGCCCGCUGGACGCCAAGGCCCUCAAGGAGCAGUACGCCAACCGCCUCGGCAAGGACAAGACCAGCUUCUCCCUCAAGUCCAUCCGUGACAAGUACAACCUGAAGCCCUUUGGCUUCAGCAUCUUCCGCUCCGUCUGGGACGACAACACCGCCGCCGUCAUGGGUCGCCACGGCAUCGAGGGCGCCGACAUUGAGUUCAGGCCCACGAGGGUGCACAGCAUGAAGCAGCCCGUCAAGCCCAGGGGCUGGGAGGCCAAGAGACAGGGCCCCAAGUACCGCCAUCUUUGGAAGUACACCAAGAGGAUCAAGGGCGUCUCCAACGGGCGGAAGUGGCUCAAGGCUGGCAAGAGGUAGCGAGGAAGUGGGCCAUGUAUUACUAUUGUUGUAUGUGUCCGCGAGAGCGUGGCUUGAUGUACAUAUUAUUGAAGUGUACGAUAUCAUUUUUGGAUGCCAUACGGACUCGUGCCCUCAAAGUCCUGUGCUCUCGCUAGCCGGUACUUGCUGCCAGCUCUGAGUUCUUCACAAUUCACUGAGAGCAGAGCUGGCACGCAAUUGAGAUUCGGUGAAGAUGAUACAUUGUUGUGGCUAUCAGGCCUUCCUGGAAAUUUGAACCCCCAAUUUCUUCGGGCACUUUGGCCCUGCAAAGCUGUCGCGUCAUGAAGGACCACGAACA